GAGGAACCAGCCAAGAUGGCGGCGGCGGAGCCCGAGGGGAUGGGCCUGACCGACCUGCCGGGCGAGCUGCUGGAACUCAUCCUCUGCUGCGACGUGCUGGGCGCUGCCGACAUCGGGCGGGUGGCCUGCACCUGCCGCCGGCUGCGCGAGGCCUGCCAGCCCCGCGGGAAGGUGUGGAGGGAGCGAUUCCGCCUCAGGUGGCCAUCCCUGCUGAAAUACUACAGCCACACAGACAGUGUCAGCUGGCUGGAGGAGUACAAAGCACGGCACAACGCAGGGCUGGAAGCCCAGAGGAUUGUAGCUUCCUUCUCCAAGAGGUUCUUCUCAGAACAUGUCCCAUGUGAUGGAUUCAGUGACAUUGAGACUCUUGGGUGCCCAAGUCAUUUUUUUGAGGAUGAGCUGAUGUGCAUCCUUAACAUGGAAGGAAGGAAAGGUCUCACCUGGAAGUACUAUGCCAAGAAAAUCCUGUAUUUCCUACGGCAACAGAAUAUUUUGAAAAAUCUGAAGGAGUAUCUGCAGCGCCCGACCGACCGGCAGUCGUUUCUGGAGGGGGCUGUUUUAAUUGACCAAUACUGCAACCCACUCUCAGACAUCUGCUUAAAAAGUGUCCAGGCACAGGUGGAUGAUAUCACGGAUAAAGUGCGCAAAGUCCUGCGGACAAAAAAUCCAAGGCACCCCAGCUUGGCUUCCAAGGCAGGAGAGGUCUUGAUUCCAGAGGUGGAGCUUCAGAGGCAGGUACUUGAUGCUAUGAAUUGUGUCCUCUAUGAGCAGCUAAAAUACAAAGGAAACGAGCUGGAUUACUACAACUCCCUGAAUUCCUACAUUCACCAGGUUUUGAUCCGCAGGACAGGAAUUCCCAUCAGUUUGUCUGUGCUUUAUUUAACAAUUGCCAGGCAGCUGGGAGUCAAACUUGAGCCAGUCAACUUCCCAAGCCAUUUUCUGCUGCGAUGGUGCCAAGGAAAAGAAGGGAGCACAGAUAUUUUUGACUACACCUACAUUGAUGCCUUUGGGAAGGGGAAGCAGCUGACAGUGAAGGAGUGUGAGUACCUCAUUGGCCACCACGUGACAGAAGAGUUCUAUGGAGUGGUGACUUCCAAAGAAGUCUUGCAGCGUAUGGUGGGAAACCUCUUAAACCUUGGCAAGCGAGAAAGCACUGAUCAAUCUUACCAGCUCUUGAGAGACUCCUUGGAUCUGUACCUGGCCAUGUAUCCAGACAAUGUGCAGCAUCUGAUGCUCCAGGCUAGGUUGUACUUCCACCUGGGAAUCUGGCCAGAAAAGGUUCUGGACAUCUUGCAGCAUAUUCAGGCUUUGGACCCAUCCCAGCACGGGGCUGUGGGGUACUUGGUUCAACACACCCUGGAGCACAUCGAGCGGCGGAAGGAGGAGGUGGGGCCCGAGGUGAAGCACCGCUCAGAUGAGAAGCACAGAGAGGUCUGCUUCUCCAUUGGGCUGGUUAUGAAACACAAGAGAUAUGGCUAUAACUGUGUGAUUUAUGGCUGGGAUCCUGCCUGCAUGAUGGGGCACGAGUGGAUCCGGAAUAUGAACGUCCACAGCCUCCCCCAUGGCCCCCACCAGCCUUUCUACAACGUGCUUGUGGAAGAUGGAUCUUGCAGAUAUGCUGCUCAAGAGAACCUGGAAUACAACUCUGAGCCUCGGGAGAUCCCUCACCCCGACAUCGGCCGCUAUUUCUCAGAGUUCACUGGCAUUCACUACCUACCAAAUACUGAGCUGGAAAUCCGGUACCCGGAGGACCUGGAGCUCACCCGUGCCACAGUUCAGAAGAUCUACAGUCCAGGCAAGGAGUGAGUGCAGAAGGCCUGGUGAGGACAGAAGCAGCUGGAGUGUAGCUUUACCCUCUUGGCAAAACUUGCACGGAAGGCAAGUUUGCUGACAAUCCUUUUGGCUUAAUGCAUUGAGAACUGCAUUGAACUUUGUAACUGGUGCUACAGCAUCUGCCCGUUGCCUGCCUGCCCCUUCUGGCCCAGAGCCAUGGGGACACAUUGGCAGUGGAGGCCAAGCAGCAGAAGAUUGGACCAGAUGAUCCUUGAGGUCCCUUCCAACCUGGCAUUCUGUGGUCAAGGAUCCUGCAGGGACGGUGGCGCUGGGAAGCGCGUUGUCCUGCGGGAGGAUUUGCACAUCCUGCUCGUUCUGUGGUUGUCUUGCCUAGAAGGUCAACACAGUGAGAUACCCCUGGUGUGGAGUAUGGAAGAACCCCCUCAUCUAGAGAAGGAAGCUGCUUAUCCUUGCAGUGUUGUGGGGUUUUUCUUUGGCUGUGUUUUGGGUUUGGUUUUUUUUAAUGUGUAGCUCAUGCAGGUGAUAGUUUUUAAGGUCUCUUAAUGUUUCGUUGUUGUCUUCUCCAAUCUGAAUUUUUGGUCAGGUUUUGCUUCACCCCUCUAGUCUGAUUGUUCACAGAGCUCCUGCUCAAUUCUGAGUAUCCUCACAGAUGGGGAAGAGCCCCAACAACAAAACCAGAAGCAGCUAGGCUUUGGGGGUAGCAAGCUCCUUGGUAACACUGAGGCCCAGCUGGCCACCUCACUGAUGGUACAAACUCUUCUAAUGCAGAAGGUGACCUUCUAACCCUUUCUCAUGCCUGCUAACCACACCAGUCCAUGUUCUUACCUUGUUUUUUGCUCUGUUGGUUGUGUGUCCAAGGCAGGAUCUACAGCACAGCCCUGAGGGCUCCCAGGACCACUUUGAACCUCGUGGCACUGUUCCAUGGAAGCCUUGAGGUCAGUGCCAGAGUGACUUUGGUGUUUGGGGAGCUUCCAGUCACUGCCCUCUCCAAUCUACAGGUUUUUAUGCAAUACAGUGGGGUCAUGACUGGAAACUGGCCAACCCUGGAGUCAUCCAAGCUGUGUAUGGAAGAGAGAUGUUCAUUCCUGCAGCUUGAGGCCUUCUUCCUUUUUGCCAAAAGAGGAUGGAUUUUGGGGGAGCGCUCGCUCCGAAGGGAAGAGCUUUAGCAGCUCAAGGCACAUGAGUUUCAACGGGACCUAAAAGGCCCAGACAGAACCACUACAGAAAAGCUUUUCCUCUGGGUUUCAAGUAUUAUGGGAUGCAGAGUGACAUGUGUUUGUGCAUCCACAGAGCCUGCAUCUCUUGAUGUUUUCUGAAGCCACGGCUGUAGACCAGCUGCAGCUCCUGCCUCCUGUCACUGCCCAGUUGCAAUAGAGUAGCUACAUCAGAGAUGAGAAUUAGGCCCUGUAGAGUUAGCUGGAUGCUCUUAGUCUAUUCUAGCACUUCAGGUAUUGCCACAUGGAAUCCCACAGCCCUCCUCUUAGAGUAGUGCUUGAGCUGCAUGCCAUCCUGCUGAAACCCUGAGCACUGCUUCCAUGGGAGACAUAAAUGCUGAACACCUGGCACCUUUGCCAGCAGAGUGGUGGUGGUGGUGGUGGUUUGCAGGGAUCUUGGAGCUUGAAGAAUAACAGCCCUGUGUGGGUGGUGCUCAGGAAUGGCAAAGGUGCUGUGCUCUGAGUAGAACAAUGUCUUUUAAAGAAAUCUGUACUGCAAGGAACUUGGAAGGGGUGAAGGAAGAAGGGGCUGAAGAAUUUCUGCAGAAGCAGAACGAAUGGGUCCAACUGAAAGCAGAGUUAGGGAACCAUCAGGCCCAAUCUUAAAAUCCCUUCUCUUGUUUUUGAGGAUUGAAGUCGAUCCCAUCCCCUGCAACCCUUGUUGAGGGUUGAAAGCAGGUGCCAAAAGAUUCCUGGGAGGGAUGAAAAGUUGGGAAUGGGGCUGUUGAGUCACAAGGUUGAUGCUGGUAGCUGAAAAAGGCAUCCAGGAGCAGGGCUUGGGCUCCCCAUUCCCAGCCUCAGCUUUGAUGAGGCUACCUCUGUGGCUGGAUAGGUAUCCAUGAGUUUCCAGGGGCUUUAUGGUCCAUUGUGCCACCAAGGCAGCCCAGUGCCACCUUCCCCCUCUCAAGUGCAUCAGAAGGGCUGCCACAAAUGAGCUUGUAGGAGUUCUCAGUGAGAGGUGCUGACGGGUAGAAUGGUGUCAAAAAAAAGCCACAAGGGCUCAACAGAAAGCUGCCCAAAGUUCUCUGAAAACUGGUGCUGGACAAUGCACACCUAACCUGCUGUGUAUUUCAAGAUGGGGGGGGGGGGGGUGUCCUAGAGUUACUGAUGGAGCCCCAUAUUUCUGGAACCACGGUGUGUUUGUAAUCUGCCAAGAGCCUGGAGAAGGAGGAAGUGUGGGAGCUGCUCCUCGGGCGGUUCCUGCUCGCUUCCCCACCCACAGCCUCUGCACCCUUUCUGCUUUUGCAGGGGGUGCAGCAAGGAGGGCUCUGUGUGCCACAGGACAAACACACUGCAAGUGACUUUUGUCCACAAGGCAGCCCAGGCAGCCCUGUAACCAACCUCUCAUCCCUUCAGCAAAUACCUUGUGGAGAAGCUGUCCUCAAGCAGCCCCAGGGGUUUGCUUUGCUGUGCUGGCCACAUCCCUGCUGGUUAUGGGGGUGCUCAUGCUGUCCAGGAGUGUCAACACAACCUUCUAUAUGUGCCAAAUUUGGAAGAGACUGGAGGCAUUUCAGUAGGCCCUGCAUAAGCUCCAAACCUGGGCUUGGAACUUCAAAAGCCAAAGGAAAUGGUGUGUAAAGGCUCCUGUUCUGAUCCCGUUUGGUUGGACAUGCUCCUUGUCUCAUCCUGCCUUCCUCUGCUGCCUGUGCUGCUGGGGAUACUGAGUUUGCUCUUAGCCAGGGGGAAUUCCCACCUAAGUACUGGCAGCCUUGGGAGACCUGAGCCCAAGCAUGCAGGAAUGCCAGGGAGAACUGAAACAUCCACAAGGACAUCUCUCCUGGCGUGAGCAGCCUCCUGAAACACACGUCGGUUCCCAGGGACUGAGCGCCCGGGGUCCAGCAUGGCCAGGAAGCAGCUCCUGGGGUUGCUGGAGGACACCUUGGGUCAGACCUGUGUGUCAGGCAGCUCUUCUGUCCCCCUGUCCCCUCCGGGCAGCACAGGCAUUAAUUAUCACAGCCACCAUUUCCCCAAGAAGCCAGCAGUGGAUCCCAAACAUUCCUUGUGUCCAUGUCUGGGUCCGUGUCAGCGGUGCCACACCUGCACACCCAUGAUUUGUCCUGUCAUGUCUGUGUGGAGAUCCCAUGGGAAAAGGGGUGUUUUGCUUUUGGGAGAAGGUGGAAUUGCCUUCCUCUUCAUUCACCCAUCAUCCCUUUGAGCAGAAAGGUGGGGCUGUGUGGUCUGGUACCAGUGUCCUGUGGGCUGGAGUCCCCAGGGGCAGGGAGGUGGGGUUCCUGCAGCUGAUGCCAUCUUCUCCCUUUGCUUUUUGUGUCCUGUGGACAGGGUGCUGUCAGGCUGAAGUGGCUUUCUGCAGCCUGAAGGGAAAAAACAGGAAGAGGGGGAAAGAGGAGGUAGGAAAAGUGCAAGGAACCAGUGGUAUUUGCUGUCUGGAUUGUUAGGAAGAGGGUAGAGAAAGUGAGCCCAUGGGUUGGUUCUGAGCAGUGUCUUGGGGCUCAGGUGAUGGAGGUGGCACCAGCCCCAGACUUCCCCUGGCAGGGAAGGGACAGCUGUGGGUGACAGCCUCUUGGGGGAGGGUUGUCCUUCCACACCCAGGGCAGGGUUUUGAUGUGCUGCUGUUUCUGAGAGAGGCUGAAUUGCUGCUCAGGGCCCUCCACCAGCACCCCAGUGUGGGAGACAGAUGGAUAAUGAUGCAGCAUCCUCUUGGGAAGCCCUUCCAACCCCUCUGGACCCAUCCUGACAUGAUCUGAAGUGCCCUGACAGCCCCCAGAGCUGAGAGCCCAGGGUGUGACCUCUGUGAUGACCCAUGGCAGUGUGUCACCAACCUUUACAGGAGAAACAGAGGCUUCAGGACUCAACAGACCAAGGAUCCCUGCCUCCAUCCACUGGGGCUCUGCCCCUGAGGGCAGGAGGGGGAGGAGAGGACUACUUGGGGAUCCUCUGGUCCCUUCCAGGUUGCCUGGGGUGUUGUCCUGACUAGUUUUGAGCAUCUCCAUGGGAUGUCACAAGUCCAUUGGCCCUCCCUGCCUGGCAGCUACCUCUCCCCACCCAGAAGGACACAGGGACACCCCUUUCCUACCCACCUCCCUUGGGCUGGAGAUGCCUGGGCCUGGUGAGAUGACACAACAGAUGAAAAAUUAGCCCAGGCCUGAAGGGUGAGGACCUUUGAGCCCCAGGGUCCCCUGACACUGGCAGCUGAGGUUGCAGGAUGGGGACAACGUUCUCAUUUUAUUUAAAAAGCAGGUAUUUCUUGGCUGUGGGGGCAGCUGGAGGCUGGGAGUGAUUUGGUUCCUUUCCUGUUUAUAUUUGGCAUUAAAGAAAUAAACCCAGUGACUGGUUCCCCCCG